CUCGCUCAUCGAUGGCGAUCCCAAUACAGACUAUCUUAACGGCAAUUAUGUUAACGGAUAUAAACAGAAGAAUGCAUUCAUUUCAACACAAGGUCCUAUGCCAAAGACAUUCAAUGACUUUUGGCGAUGCGUUUGGGAAAACAAUUGUUGUGUGAUUGUAAUGACCACUAAGACAAUCGAGAGGUGUUGUAAUAAGUGCGGUCAGUAUUGGCCACUCGCUGAGGAGACGAGUUGUGAUUUCGGACAAUAUCACGUCCAUAACAAUGGAGUCGAUGAACACAAAGAUUGGAUCAUUACAUCACUGGUUGUAAAUGACACUAAAGUGUUCCCCUCUCUGCUGUUGCAAUGUUGGACUUCAGAGACAAAGUACGGGAAUAUCAAUCGCACGCAACCAAAUCAAUGGGUUCCCUAUGGACUGGUCACCCAUUAGGUCCUCCUAUAGUUGUUCACUGCAGUGCAGGCAUUGGCCGAACCGGGACAUUUAUAACAUUGGAUAUAAGUAUACAACGGUUGGAGACAACCAGAAGAAUAGACAUCAAGCGGACUGUAGUGAAGAUACGGGGCGAACGAGCCUAUAGUAUACAAGUGCCCGAUCAGUAUGUGUUCUGUUAUUUAGCACUUCUGGAGUACGCGCUCUGUAAGCAACUGCUGCGAGACGUGGACUUAUCUGGUUUUGACGAAAGUGAAUCAGAACUCGAAGAAUGAUUAAGACAUGGAUUUUAUUUAUAUUGAAACUGAGGUCAUAUGAUUUCAGUUCUAAUUAAUAACUAUUGUUUAUAGAAAUAAUACUAUAAUGAGAUUUACUUAAAUUGACAAUUUUGUUGAUAAUUACCAUUAUAUGAGACUAAUUAAUAUGAGAUCUCUUUUUAAUUUAAAUUUGUAUAAAUAAUUGACAAUUUAUUUGAUAUGUAAUUAUAAGACCC